AGUGAGCUCGAGGAAGAAGCGGUGGAGACCCGGGACGAGCGGGAGGAGGAGAAGCGGGGCGCACAGAGCCGAGGAGGUUCUUCCCGGUGCGUCGGCACUGCAGGACCUCCAGUCCCCCGCUCCCGCUCUCCUCCCCGGUCCCGGAGCCGCUCCGGCUCCCGGCUGCCCUCUCCCCGCCCACAUGGCUUCGCCCCACGACCCUCUGCGCUCAGGUCACAUGGCCAAGGAGCCUGUGGAAGACACAGACCCCAGCACUUUCUCUUUUAACACGUCAGACAAAUAUCCCAUUCAAGAUACAGGACUCCCUAAAGCUGAAGAGUGUGAUGUGAUUACUUUGAACUGUCCACCAAAUUUUGAUGAGCAACAUCAGGGAGAAGAAAAUGGCUUUCCAGACAAUAUUGGAGAUCCCCUGUCAGGUGUCAACAAGGACCACCCCUGCAAAGAAGACUGUGCUUGUUCCUCCUGCGCACUGCGGGCCCCCACCAUAACUGACUUACUCAAUGAUCAGGACUUAUUAGAUGUGAUCAAGAUAAAGCUAGAUCCGUGCCACCCAACAGUGAAAAAUUGGCGGAAUUUUGCAAGCAAAUGGGGGAUGCCCUAUGACGAACUGUGCUUCCUGGAGCAGAGGCCCCAGAGCCCCACCUUAGAGUUUCUGCUGCGCAACAGCCAGAGGACGGUGGGCCAGCUGAUGGAGCUGUGCCGCCUGUACCACCGCGCCGACGUGGAGAAGGUGCUGCGCAGGUGGGUGGAGGAGGAAUGGCCCAGGCGGGGGCGAGCUGACCACCCCGACCACCACUCGCACUUCUAGAGCCCCUGUCCUCCUGGCACGGGCCUCUUGCACACUGGAACAACCACAGCUGAGGAAUGUGAACCUGUUCUUUUUAAGAGUUUAGGAUGAGGACAUGGAAUGGUGGACGUUGUUUUCCUCCAAGGCUGGUUUUGUGGAGGGGUACUUUCUGUUUUGGUGGCAGAUCAUGUUUCUUUUUUGCACAUCUGAUUUAAUUUAAUAUUUGAAUGUGGAAUUGGGAAAGAAUAUUUUAUAGACUUAAGGGCCAAAGGCUAC